AUGUUCAAGACCAGCUACCUGCGCGAGGUGCGCAAGGAAAAGUAUGAGCGCUCAGAUGUCUUUGAAGAGGAACCCGAGGACUCUGAAACCUCUGCAGGCAUCUCAGCCAUCCAGGGUUGGGAGAGUCUCCAGGAGCUCAACAGCCGCUUUGCCCGGUACAUCAACAGGGCUCGAGUCCUGGAGCAGCGCAACGCCGUGUUCCGCAAGCAGCUGGAGACGUUGCAGCGGAUGGAAGAGGCCAGCGGUCUGGAGGAGGCCUUCACAGAGCAGAUCGAUGUCAACAGGCAACGCAUCCACGAGCUGUCCUCGGACCGUGCCAAACUGGACCGAGAGCUGAAGGAUGCUUGCCGCAUGCUGGAUGAAUUCACCAGCAAAUAUAGAAAUGAAUGUGACUAUCAAGAACAGCUCCGGGGCACGCUGGAACAGUUAAACAAGGAAGCUGACAGUGCUCUUCUAAGAAACCUGGAGUUCCAGAUCCAAUCACAGUUCUUGCAGGACGACAUCAACUCCACCAGAGAUAGACACAAGAAGAACCUCGCAGAGAUCCAGACCUAUGUAAACAUUUUGCAGCAAAUCAACCAGACACUUCCCCUUGUUCCCAAUGUGUCAGUGGGCAUCUCCGAGGAGAAGCUGCUGGCUCAGAGGAAAGUGCCGGGGCUGCAGAGUCAGCUGGAGGAAUACAAGAGCGCCCUCUGUCAGCUGCAGGCCCAGAAACUGCGCCUACAGACCGAGACUACUAUGUUGGAUCAAGCCAUCAAAAACACACAGGAGAGUUAUGACGAUGAGAUCCAGAUGUACAACGAGCAAAUCGAAUCUCUGCGAAAGGAGAUUGAGGAAGCUGAGAGGUCACUGGAAAAGUUCACCAGUGAAUGUCGCCACCUGGCCAUGUACCAGACGUCUCUUGAGAAUGAGCUGGAGAGGUACAAGAGGAUCAUCGAGAACGAAGAUAACAGGUUGAAUUCAGCGAUAAUUGGCACUCCCAUUACCCUGUUCACCACUAAUUACCGCUACACUCACACACCCACUGCAUCAAGCAAGGGGAGAGAUAUCACCCAGGCUAUCCAAGAUAUCACCAGCAUCAAGCCACGCCAGAAGAUCCUGGCCAAGAAGGUCCUUAAGAAGAAAGAGCUGACCCCGAAAGAUGUGAUAGACAGUGGCCAAGAGGAAAGAAAUGGGGGAGCCCAUGGAGAGACUCCAGAUGAAGAAACAAAGGGGAUCCCAUCAGAGCAAGUGCAGGAGGAGAGGGUGAAGAGACAAGAGCAGAGACCUGUUCUCACUGGAGUGUCUCCACAGGAUGUCCCAGAUGGAGCUCAGAUCAGCAAAGCCUUUGACACUCUUUGUAACAUCGUCAGAGACAGAAUGAGGAAGUACAAGAAACCUGAGCCAAUCGCUGACUUCUACACCAAGGGUCGUUACGUCCUUGUCACCGGCGACGGCAGCUACUCAGAUCCCUGUUUCUGUACCUCCACACCAUCAGCCGGCCACAUUUACGUCACUAUCAACAAUGGAAUGACGUCUCCCUAUGAGCCUUAUGGGCGCAGUACACCCCCCCCUCCACCUCCUCAGCCCAUGGUAGGUCCCAGGCCUCUCACUCCCACCCGGCCCGCUAAUGCAGGAGGAAAGGAUGAUAAUAAGGGCGGAAGAGGUAAGGACAAUGGAGGAAAAGGUAAGCAAAAGAGCGGAGAGCCUCAGCCUCAGCCUCAGCCUCAGCCUAAAGAUCCGAACCCAGUCCCUCCACCCACUGGACCAAACUCCGGCCCUAAAGAUCCCACUCCAGCUGCCGAUCAGUCCAAGAAAAACAGGGAUGACAAUGGCCCAAGCGGGCCCACUCCAAAGCCAGCUCCUCGUGGUGCCAGCACCAGCUCCAGCUCCAGUUCCAGCACUACCACCAGCACCAGCACUAGCACCAGCACCAGCUCUGGCAGCUACACCCCAGACGCCAUGAGCUAUGAGAAGGUGGAAGUGGUGGAGUCUGUGGAGAAGUUCUCCAAUGGCCACAAGGUUAAAGGUUAUGAAGAGACUUCCAUGGUGGUGGAGACCAUGAUCGAGAAGUCCAGCAAGAAGAAACAUUGAAACCACGUAACCUGACAUGAAGAGUCAGUAAACUCCACCAGGGUCCUAAAUGGUCCAGGUCCUCAAACAAGGAGACAAUACUGAUGUUAGUAUCAGACCACAUAAAUACCACUGUUCCUCAAACUACUGUAUUAAGACCAGUGUUUUGUCUCUGAGGGAGACCAACUAUGCUUAAAGACCAUCUACACAUUCCUGCUCUGAUAUUCGAUGCUCUUCCAUUUGCUUGCAGUCUCUGGUCUUGCGUCCAGAAUACGUUUUGCUGGUUCCAUAAGUACUGCUGUUGUUGUUCGACUUCAUGCCCAUGAUCAUGCUAUGAGUCCUUUACUGUCUGAAAACUUGGGAGAAUGAAAAACGAAGCUCCAUGCCACCAAUAAAAAUCAUAAGAAAAACAUAUAAAAAACUGAGAAGUUGUGCCACCCUUCUGAACUCUGUCUUAGAAUUCCAACUUUCCCCUUUGAGCUCAUUUGUUCAAUUGGAUGCCUCUGCCUGCCCUCAGCACAAUUUUGCUGUGUAUUAAUUUGCUUUGAUAUAUUGAAUAAUAAAAAAGAUUAAAUCAUCAAAAUACCUUGUGCAGUUUGAUUUUGGACAGACACUGUGUAUCAAGCACCUCACACACUUACUUGAUAGGUCAUAAAACCACUAAUGCAUGUGUAUAUAUGGGCACAAAAAUGUUAAUAAUAAUAAUUACUCCUUGGCUUUUAAAAAAGCAUCUAUAUUUUUGGUGUUCUUAACAGUUUACAGAUGGUUGUCACAGUAUCCUUCUGGGUUAAGAGUUCUUAUUUCAAAUGCUGCAGCAUCCAUGAAAAACUCAUGCAUUAUUUAUGUGACCUUGAAGUCACAGUGUCCUUUGCAUUUACAGUAGUAUGAUCCAACCUGUCUCCAGAAAGGAGAAUGGUUAAAGAGAGAUAAAGAGUUGGAGGAAGAAAAACACAAGGAUGAUCUCAGAUAUAGAAGAUGACAUGAGCAACAAUGUCAGAGAUGAUUAGUGAGAUAGAUAAGAAACAUUUGACCUGAUUAAGCUACAAUAAGCUGCUUAAAACAAAAUAUGUUUUAAUAUUGAAAGUCCAAAGGCAAGAAGGUAGUGAAUGAAAAGAAAACAGGACAGAGUGAAUGGAACUCUACACCAAAAAAAUAAAUGUAUUACAAUCAAGUUGGUGUUUGUGAUAGUUUGGUAUAUUUAGACGAAUGAGAUAAUGGUUGCGAUAAUUAGUAGUCCCCCUUGCCAUUGCUGUAGAGUUCCUAAAAUGUAUUACUGUCUAAUAAACCAUGUUUCCGUCUGUUCCACUAAUUGUGUUUUUGUUAAGCUUUCCCUCUUUUUGCCAUUAAGAGAUGUUGUUUUUGUUCUCUGGUCUUAAACCUACAUUAAACAAGUUAAAUGACAUAUUAUAACCAUUUAAGCUGAUAUGGCAAACGGUUGCUUACUUAGACAUCCAGCAAUGCGACACAAUAUUAGAAUUCAUUUGGAGUCUUUGGAGCCACCUAAUAAAGGCAAUCCGAACAUUUAUUCUACUUUUAGCUCUACAUCUAGCUCACUAGAAAAUAUCUGCCUAAAUACUCCACAGCGUUCAGCAGUCUGUCCUUUGGUGUAGCUCAGGAAGCGUGUAGUGGGUUUUUGGAGCGUUUUUGCUGACAACAGCGCCCUGAAAUGAUUCUGAUGAGAGCAGUGACAGUGAACCAAACCGGUAAAGUUGUGUGUCGUGAAGCAAAAACACUGAAACACUAAAGCAUAGAGCUGAGGGGAACUGCAGAAUGAGGUGACAAUUUUGUCUGUUCGUCACUAUAUAUAUUUAUUGAUUAUAGCUACUUUAAAGAUCAUGGCUGGGAUCAUUUGUCGUCUCUGCUGUGAUGUUGCAAGAAAGUUUCUAAAGAUUAAGCACAUUUCUCAUAAAAUACGUUUCCCUCUGUUUCACAGAGUACAUUUUUGCCAUAAAGUAACUGUCCCUGUCCUUCUCUUCCAGCCAGAUGGCAGCAGACAUUCUCUAAAUGCAAUGAGACCAAUUCUUCUCAGAUUUAUAGUCAAUGCAUUAUUGAAAAUUGAUAUGACAGUGAUUUACUGAUGCUACAUGUAGAAAAAAACGUGUAAAGUGAAGAGUACCUUGGCUCAGGCUCCACUUUUUAGAGAGCAUUCUCCCUUUAUUGAACAGCACAGUACACAAUGAAAGAAACGGGAAAAAAAGCGGGUAUGUUAGGGUUAGGUAGAUUGCAGGGCCAGGGUGCUGCUUGUGCUCUUCCUUUCAGAAUAUAUUAUUAUUACUCCAAAUUCUCUGUUUUUCCCUAAAAAAGUUUUGGGGCAUUGAAAUGACAGAGAAUGCUACUUUUACUCAGCAUGUUCAGUGUCGUGUUGUAAAUCACUCAAGUGCUUUAAUAAACAGCUGAAUAGAUUUAUUAUAGUAUACGUCAAAGAUUAUGAAAUAUGAACUGAGGACCACAGGCUGCAAAAUGAAUUACACAUUCCUUUCCUUGUUUAUAUAAACAGUGCAUGUCACAAAAAUAUAAACAGAAAGAAGUAUCACUGCUCUGUUUGCAAGAUAUUAAACUUUAAGUAGAAUGACACAGAAAAUCAUUUACAGUCACAAACUGUAUAACAGUUGGCAGAAGAGAGGUGCAGGGCAGUUAAAGCAAGAGCAUGAAAGAGUGGAUUAUAUUUGGUUUAUGUACAGUUCUGUAGAGUGUAAAAAUUCAGGUGAUAUAGUUUGCUUUCUCUAUGUAGAACAGAUUAUCGAAGGUUACACUUUUAAUCAUGGUUGGAUUACAAGAAACAUUCAUUGAAGGUUGGGGGCUAAUUGAAAUACUUGAUAACAAAAAGCAGAGUGAAGAGGGGAAGAGAG